AUGAAGCUCUCAAACAACCUCUUACUAUUAUUGCCGUUCCUUUUCUCCGAAGCUCUUGGGGAUCUUGAAGAAAGAGCCGCGGCCCUGCGAAGGAUAGCCGUCACUGUACACAACACAUUCGAGGCCAUGAACAGACUUGGACAUAUCCCUGAGAUUCCGAGCCCUCAUACUUACGACUAUAAUAGCGUGUCAUUGGACUUCGACGCUCCAGAUCUGGGCAGUCUGGAUUCUGGACUAGAUCCAAACCGAGUCGCCAACUACUCUCUCAAAUCAAUCAGCCCUUAUCUCACGCCCCAAGCGACCAAGUAUGCCAAGGCGAACCCAUUCGCCUUCGUCGUCAAUUUUGGCCAGUUGAUGUCAAAGAAUCCCACCGAUGACGAACUAUUGAAGAUCAUCCGAAUGCCUACCAUCUCGGAGGUUGUGACGACGACAUUGACGACCAGAGUCUCGUCGACGGUCCCCUCGGUCACAGCUGCACCUUCAUUGGUCUCCAAAGUCAGUUCUCUCCUCUCAGUCGCCACGUCUAUGGCCGCCGCUUCCAGCUCCAUCAUUGAUGAAGCCGUUAACGAUAAUAUAUUCCACCUCGCUGGCGUCCUCUAUGCUUCUGCUACCUCGACCGCUCCAGCCUCCAAUCCGACAAAGGUGAUCAAGAUGACAUUUCCCGCAAAUGAGGUUUGGCCUCGAAGAACUGCUACACUCACCGUCAGGAAUUUGCCGACAGCAAAGUGAUCCGACCCGGGAGAGAGCUUUAGGAGCAUGGAGAAGAAUCCCAAGAGGAGAAGUGGAAAAUUAAGGAUAUCUAAGGAGACUAAGGUAUGGUCCCUUCUCUCAGGUCCGCAAUAACGGUUGGCGACUAUAUUAUCUACGACAUUGAAGGCUCAGUCAACGGACAUGUAUAAAAAGUAUUGAGUUUCAUGGUGGG